ACAAAAACGUAGCCGGAACGGCAAAAGUACACAAAUCUUUGCAAUGCGCUGUGUUUUGGGUCCUUCUUGUAGCUGCGAAUGAACGAGAAUUGUGCAAAGGAUUUCUUAUUCCCCGUUUGAUAAGUGUACUACCCGUGGUUAACUGAUAGCAAUCCUCCAACACCGGCGACGGCAACCAGCAGCCACCAUUGACGAUGGAAAAUAAGGAGGAAUUGGUCGCUAAACUGACCCCACUGCAGUAUCACGUGACACAAGAAGCCGGCACGGAGCGGCCGUUCACCGGAAAGUACAACAAAUUCUACGAGAAGGGCACGUACGUGUGCGUCGUGUGUAGCCAGGAAUUGUUCAGCUCCGACACGAAGUAUGAUUCCGGUUGCGGUUGGCCGGCGUUCAACGACGUGCUCGAUCAGGGCAAGGUGACACUCCACAAAGAUCCCAGCAUUCCCGGGGGAAAUAUCCUAUUGUUAAUCACACAACCAGGCCGCGUGCGGACGGAGGUACGAUGCGCGAAAUGUAACGCGCACAUGGGCCACGUGUUUGAGGAUGGGCCACCGCCAACCCGCAAGCGCUACUGCAUCAAUUCAGCGUCGAUCGAGUUCAUGGCUGCCGGAACCGAGCGGAAGGAUGGAUCCAGCUAAGCAGACGGCGGAGUCUCGGGUCGAUCGGGAGGUGUACUGGGUGUGAGCGAAAUGCGGCUGCUAGUGGAAGCCAAACGUUACCGGAGUUCGUCAAAGCAAUGAAUUCAAAUCAAAUGAGUGAAAUGAGAAGCAAUGAUUCUGAAGCAAAUAAUUUUGAAAGUCGGUGCAUAUGCGGGUAGUCAAAAUCAAAAUGGGGGAAGAUAGGGAAUGUGAAUGUGCCAGAAAGAUUGAGUAUGGAAAUGUGUCCUACUGAUUCCCAGCAACAGUCGCCCUAGGAGCUAAGCCAUUAUGUAUCUGUUUGUAAACGCAGCGUAAAACACUUCUCGUCCGCAAGAUUUUCUUUCCCUUAAGUGCACCAUCAGUUCACUCAGGAUGUAAGUGUUUCCUUAACUUCACCUACCGUCAAGCGUGGCGUAAAGCAGGAUGUGUUAUUUAUCUUCCGUACUGAUAUACUUCCGGAUGCAUUAUGUUUUUUCCAAACUCCUGUGCACGCGUGCUUGUGAAGAAUUUAAUAUUACUUACUGUACUGUAAGUAUACCCGUCUGUCUGUGGUGGCGAGCAAAAGAUUGAACGACAUUGUCGGUACAAAUAAAGUGUCUGAUAUUUAA